AUGUCUUCUUUCUUAGUUUCCAUUGAAAGUCUUUCAAGAUAUCCUCUCGUUGAUAACUAUUCAGAUGAAACUGUUAACAAAAGGUGGCAAGUCCUUUCAAGCGACAAAGCUCACCCUGGCCUUCGAUUUCUUCAGCAUGGCUCUCGAUUCCUUCAGCUCAUCGAUCAAAUUUUCGACUAUGUGAGUAUUGCUGCAUUCAUGGAUGAAGGCUUCCUCGCAGUAAUUGGCGGUAGAAUUGGUAGCAGCAUCUUGCGCAUGAAGCUCACUUCCGACAUAGUGUAUAGUCUGCUGGCCGGCUUUCUGGCUAAUCUGAUCAACAAUCAGAUGCUGUUAGCUGUUGGAGUUACUCAUCUCCCUGCUUGGCUGGAGCACCGGAGAUUGGGAAGCAAUUUGUCGGCCACUUCCAAAUUGUAG